ACCGCUGGGAACUGAUGCAAAACUCCCUGGGAUAGCGGAGCUGAGAUAUUUCAGUUUUUUAUUAAUUCAUUUUUUUUGCCUUCACCUCCUCGCUUACAGAGAGAAACUGCAUAUUUUGGAAGCUCAGGUUUCAAGGAUGUGAGCCAUUUAAUGAUGUUAGGCGCAUAUGAAGUGCCAUAUUGCAUCGCAGGAGGAACAAAUGUGUCUGAUUUGGAACGGAUUCUUUUAUGGACAAAGUGACCAAAUUCUUGGAUCUGUAAAUGUAACUAAAAGGAACGUUUGCAUACUUUGACACACAUGUCCUUUUGCUGGCCAAACGAGGAGUAGGUGGGCAUCAACUUGACCUCAAUUAAGACUGAUUGCUUGGUGUGCAGAAAAAGUGGUUUAGGCUCCUAGACAAAGGCUGUGCAACUGCGAUCUCUGAUAAAGACCCGCUUUACAGUCACGUUUAUAUUUCUGGCAUUUUGCCCACACUCUUACCCAGAGUGGCUUGAAGUCUAAGCUCUGACUUCAGGAGUGCUAAGAUCAUAUUAGUUUUUUUUUCCACUCCGACCUCACUCCCCAAUCAAGGCCGUGGAGGUGGCCAGCCCUUCCGAGGGAUGGUUCUGGGUUCCCGGGCUCUGGGAGCGACACUUCGGCUCCUGCAUUGGACCUCCGCCCCGUCCUGGUGCCCAUGCAGCGGACCUGAGAGGAGAUGAGAGCCGCGGUCUACCACCUCCUCGCCGGCUGCCUGUGCCUGUUACGCACUGCUGCUGAGGAGUCUCCUCUCCCCCGGGAGCUGCUGGAGCGGCUGUCCCGCAGCGAGAUCCGCAGCAUCAGCGACCUCCAGCGGCUGCUAGAGAUAGACUCCGUAGAGAACGAGGUGAUUGAGGAGGCCAAAGACUUCCUCCACAAGGACUUCUCUCACAGCUACUCUGACCUGAAGAAAGCACACGCACAUACCAGACACAGGAGGAGCACCGUAGUGGAAGAGGCCUUGCCGGCGGUGUGUAAGGUGCGGACGGUGAUCUAUGAGAUUCCCAGGAGCCAGGUGGAUCCCACCGCGGCCAACUUCAUCAUCUGGCCGCCCUGUGUGGAGGUGAAACGCUGCACAGGCUGCUGCAACACCAGCAACAUGCGCUGCCAGCCGGCCCGCAAGCACCACCGCACCGUCAAGGUGGCGAAGGUGGAGUACGUGCGCCGGCGUCCCAAGCUGAGGGAGGUGCAGGUGAGGCUGGAGGAGCACCUGGAAUGCAUGUGCACCAACAAACGCCACAUCAGCCAACACUCAGACACAGACAAUGGUAUCAGGUGAGGGGAGGUGGAUGGAUGCGUGGAGGAGAGGAGGAGGAGGAGAGAGAGAAGAGGACGGGCUGUAGAAGAAAACAAGAACAAGCACCUUUUGCCUCUAACGUCUCAGCCGGCGACCAUGAAGCUGCUCUGGAGCGUCAGCUAAACACCUCCGUCUUUUCACCCGACAACUUCUUCUUGAAUGACCCGUGUGCCACAGGAGCUCUGGAGGUUUGAGGAAGGACGAGGUUCACUGCUCCUAUCCCGGCACAGCCAUGUGCAUCAGACGGACUGUAACCAUUCAGCUCUGGACCGGCGAACUUUGUGGUUUGGAUUGGGAAGGAAAAAGAGGAUCUCUGAGUCGCAUCAAACCUUCGCCUUGGCAUGUUACUAAGAAAACUGAAAGAAACAAAUCAAACUGGCUGACUGUUUGUUUGCAGGGCGUCAUCACUCGAAGCGGCUGUGGACGGUUUAUGAAUAAUACAACUGGAAGGAGUGGGAUGCAUUCUGGGAUACUGGAGCACUCUUGUGGUGUCUUGUUCCUGCUUCAGGGUGUGAACUGCGUGGUGGGAUUAUAAACGAGGUGGAAUCCUCCUUUGAGGUGUUCUAGGAACAGUGACUGGGAUUAGGUUUUGUAUUCCAAGAUUUACUCUUCGUCUCAAACAGCAAAACACACACACACACACACACACACACACACACACAUGCUCAUAUAUUCUCUUAUUUUUAUAACCUCUCAUUUUCUAUCGCUGUCAUUUUCUUUACUGGCAUUCCGUCUGCAUAAAGGAUGGAGAAAAAAAAUCUUCUGUACAUGACGCUGAUACUAAUAAACUAUUUAUAUGGAUAGCAGGAGGCUGUAGUGAUUGGUAUACCUGCCCGCAAGCUUUUGGCGAGGCAGGAGGGUCGCAGAGAGCGACGAGGACUUGACUCUGAAACAUGAGCAGAUUCAUUUGAUUUCUCUUAA